AAGAACCCCACAUCCACUACUUUAGAAAAUCCAAGAUAAAAACAACGCUCAAGACAACGAUUUGGCAUUGACCUUUUAAGCCACUAAACUUUUGUCACAACAUAUAUAAGUUCACAUCUUUCUCUCCCGCCCAUUCAACAUCAUAAUGCCAUUCACAUAUACGAAUUGAUACUCUUCCAAAAAUACCACCAAUUUCCCUUUUUUCCUUGGUCAUUUUCGAACAAAGUUGUAUUAAACCAUGAUGCGUGUCCGUGUAAAAUUACCAGGAUUCUGUAUGAAUCGAACUGCAGUCCAUUCGCCUUCUCAGAUGUACAAGAAGGCACUUGAUUUGAUCAAAUCCGAUGACAACAAGUCUGAAUUUUCCAGCAAAAACAGCGUUGAGAUGAACUACAAUACCGAUGAAUCGUCUAAGACGGAUUCUGAAAAUGGGAUUAACAAUAGAGUCAUGGUUCUUGUUGAUGCCAGUCUUGAAGCCAAAAAUGCUCUACAAUGGGCACUUACACAUACUGUUCAAAACCAGGACACCAUUGUUCUUCUCUCUGUAGUCAAGCCCUCUCAACAAGGUGAAAAUAAUCAGAAAGCCUGCGAACUUCUUUACUCCAUGAAAACUCUCUGCCAAACAAAGAGACCAGGGUUGCAAGUGGAGAUAGCAGUGCAAGAAGCCAAAGAAAAAGGCCCUGUAAUAGUUGAAGCAGCCAAGCAGAGAAAAGUGUCAUUACUGGUACUGGGACAAAGAAAAAGAUCCAUAAUGUGGCGCUUACGCAGGAUGUGGUCAGGGAAAAAGUCGAAAAACAAAGUUGUGGAACACUGUAUUCAUAAUGCAAAGUGCUUGACAAUUGCAGUAAGAAGGAAGAGCAGGAAGUAUGGAGGAUAUCUCAUUACUACUAAACGUCACAAGGAUUUUUGGCUCUUAGCUUAAUCCUAUUGUUAUUAUCUUCAUUUAUGGUACCAAACAACAUCUUUUCGGUUUUUCCCUUAUGUUGUAAUGUGCACGUACAAGUAGCUACUUCCUUCAUUAGAAAAUGAAUUGUACAAAUUAAGACACAAAAAUGAAAGGGACUUAAUUUCAUUGGA